CUAAGCAGCAGUAACCUAGCGACUUGACAGGACUAUUUUCAUAUUUUCAUAUUUUUACACUGAUCAAUAUUCUCAGAUAUUUUCUUCAAACAUAUUUUUGUUAAAUUAAAAAUGGCAAAGAAACCUAUCCCAGAGGAUAUAUUCUACGACCACUUGACAUUGGGCCUAAUGCGGACACUUGCCAAAAUACCGCGCGUGUGCGAUGUCUGCUGUGUGCCUCGAAACCCAUGCGAAAAAGCGCAGGUUGUUAAUUGGGAGCAACGUCACACCGUAUAUUUACCGGAAGAUAUGAAAAAAUUUUACUUGUCCACAGAUGGAUUCCUAAUACAAUGGAGCUAUCAGUACGCACCUGACGAUUUGCGCCGUGUAGGGUAUAUUCAUAUCCCGAACCUUCAGCAAAUUUCUCUUUUGCGUGAGAAUGUUGAGUCAUCCACUAAUUCAGACUCAACUGCCCCAACUGCCUCUAGUUCCAGAGUUAUAACGCCAGCUGUUGGUUGUACAACAAGCGAAGCAGGCGCAGAAGAUGGCGCGGCAACAGCCAUUGGAGAAUCGGCGUUUGCCAGUAAAAAUGGAUGCGUGACAAAUUCAAGUGCUGCAACAAUUGGAGGAGCUAGCACUAACGCUGUACCUUUGGCACCAGGAAAAGACCGUUGGGGAAAUACGUUGCCUAUUAUAACAACAAAAACCAAAAUCUUCGAACUCAAUAGCGUCAAUAACGUCGCUAAAGUGUGUAUGCUCUACGAGUCAAGUAAUGUUAACAAUCCGAAAUUCUAUCUAUAUGAAUUGAAUGCAAAGAAGUGGAUAUUCCUGGCCGAUACGUUCAGCGAAUACUUGCGCAUGGCAAUUGCCCAUUUGGGUCUACCAUAUUGGGAACUGUGUUUCUCCAACAUUGGAUUACCCUCGUGGACAGAGCAAUUAUUUAUGCUGUUAGCGCCACAUCUGCUGGAGGACUAUGAGCCACGUCGCGGACGCCCAGUAGAUCCUGCCCCGGAACACCCAUACAAUAUUAUCGAUACCUCCGUUUUUCGAAUUAAACCGAAAAGUACUACGAAAACCGAGUCUUCAAGAAAAUAAUUAGAUUUUUUUUUAUUGUAAAACACUUAAUUAAUAACGCUUUUACUAUAAAUAUAAAAUAUUUUAUUUAAUCUACAAUUAGUG